AUGUCAAAAAAUAUUGACGAUUUAUUUGACGUUUUUGAAGAGAAAGAUAUUGAAAAAAUUCCUAUAAAAAAUGAAGAUAAAAUAGUAAAUAACAAUGUAGAAAUAAAUAACAACAAAAUAAAAAAUUAUGUAAAAUUUGAAGAGGGUAAAGAAAAAAAUAAUGAAGAUGCAGAUGAGAACAAUAAACAAAUAGAAAAAAUAAAUGAUACAAAAAAAAAGGAUAAUCACAAAGAUGAAGAAGAUAUAUUUAAGAAAGAAAAUUGUAAAAUAAAUAUUGAAAACCUCAUUAAUAUAAAAAAACGAGACAAUAAAGUAAAAAUGCAAAUUAAAGAAGAAAUAUAUAGCGAUAUACAAAAUUUUGAUGGUACUACUAAAAAUGUAAAUAAGAUAAGAAAAAUUUCUGAAGAAAGGAAAAAAAUACCAAUUAAUUCAAAAGUUGAAGAAAUUUUAAUAGAAAAUAGUAAAACAAUAAACAAUGAUGAUGUUUUAGUUUUAGAAGAGUUUGGUAGUGAUGUUAACUGCAUUCAUAAAUGUGUGAGGCCAAAAAGUUAUGUACACAAUAAACUAAGUCCAUCGUUAAUUCCUGCUAGAACUUAUAAAUUUGAAUUAGAUACUUUUCAAAAAAAAUCAAUAGAGUGUUUAGAAAUGAAUGAAAGUGUGUUAGUAUCAGCUCAUACUUCUGCAGGAAAAACCGUAAUAGCAGAAUAUGCUAUAGCAUUGGGAUUGAGAGAUAAGCAGAGAGUAAUUUAUACAAGCCCAAUUAAAGCCUUAAGUAAUCAAAAAUAUAGAGACUUGAGUGAAGAAUUUAAAGAUGUAGGGUUAAUUACUGGCGAUAUUUCAAUAAAUCCAGAAGCAUCUAUUAUUGUUAUGACUACAGAAAUAUUAAGGUCAAUGUUAUACAGAGGAUCUUCUUUAACAAAAGAAGUAAAAUGGGUUAUUUUUGAUGAAAUACAUUAUAUGCGAGAUAGAGAUAGAGGUGUAAUAUGGGAAGAAACUAUUAUUUUAUUGCCAUUAAUGGUUCGAUUUAUUUUUUUAAGUGCUACUAUACCUAAUGGAAUUCAAUUUGCUGAAUGGGUCAGCAGCAUUAAAAGUCAAGCCUGUCAUAUUAUAUAUACGGAUUAUAGGCCAACCCCAUUACAACAUUAUAUUUACCCAACAUCUAGUGAAAGCGUUUUUUUAAUAUGUGAUGAAAAUAAAGAAUUUAAAAAAGAUAAUUUUAUUAAAGCUGUUAAUGCAAUUAAAGAGAAAGCAAAUGCUUCAGAAGAUAACCAUAAUCAUGCAUAUAGAUAUUCAAAAAAAAUGAAAAAAAAUACUUAUGACAUUGAAAAAAUUGUCCAAAUGUGCCACUCUCGUAAUUAUACUCCUUUAAUAAUCUUUGCAUUUUCUAAAAAGGAAUGUGAGGUAAAUGCAACUACAAUGCAUAAAAUUGAUUUGACUGAUGAUACAGAAAAGGAAAUAAUAAAAGAACUCUAUGAAAAUGCUAUUCAAAUUUUAGCAGACGAUGAUAGAGCAUUACCACAAGUUCAAUUUAUUUUACCCUUAUUAUUAAGGGGAAUUGGAAUACACCAUGGAGGGUUAUUGCCUAUUAUUAAAGAAAUAAUAGAAAUUAUGUUUCAAGAAUCUUUGUUAAAAGUUUUAUUUAGCACGGAAACGUUUUCAAUGGGUAUAAAUAUGCCUGCUAAAACUGUUGUCUUUACCUCAUUGAAAAAAUUUGAUGGAUUAGAAAAAAGAUUAAUAACAUCAGGAGAAUAUAUUCAGAUGGCUGGGAGAGCAGGUAGAAGAGGAUUAGAUGACAGAGGAAUUGUUAUUAUUAUGUUAGAUAGUCCUUUACAUUGGAAAGAAGCAGAGAAAUUAUUUGUAGGAGAAGCCAAUCGAUUGGUAAGCCAAUUCCAUUUGGGUUAUAAUAUGAUUUUAAAUUUAUUAAGAAUAGAAGGAAUCACACCUGAGUUUAUGAUUGAGAGAUCCUUUAUCCAAUAUCAAACAAAAAAAAAUCUUUUCCAAAAAAUUUUAGCAAAAAAAAAAGUAGAAGAAAAAAUAAAAGAAAUUCACGAUUUUUUAACUAAUAUCUAUAUUGAUGAAAAUGAUCAGGAAAUAUGUAAAGAAGAUCUUCUAAAAAAAAUUAUGUCAAAUAAUUAUGCAAAAGUAGAACAAAACAAAAAUAAUGUUAUAGUAGAUAAAGAAAGUAAUGAACAAACAAAUAACGAAGAAAAAAAAGUAGAACAUUUAAAUAAUGAAGAGAAAGAAGAUAUAGAAAACAAAGAAACAAUUGUGCCUUAUUCCAAAGAAGAUAUGAUGAAAAAAGAAAUAGAUCAUGAAGUUAAUACAUUAAAUAAUAACAGCGACAAUAACAAUAUUAUUAGUGAGGAAUUAAAAGAUUAUAAUACUGUUUUUUCCUAUAUAUCUAAUUAUUAUAUAAUAAGACAUAGACUAAUAGAAUUAGGAGAGUCCUAUAGAUCCAUAUUAACAAUGCAGAAAAAUAUAACCCCUUAUUUGGUUUUAGGUAGACUAUUAUAUUUAGUAGAAGAUGAUAUAAAGUGGGGGUGGUGCAUAUGUAUAGAGGGUAGAAUUAUUGAAGGAAAAAAUAAUAGCAUCAGUAAUAACAGUAGUAAUAAUAAUUUUAAUAAAAACAAUAAUAUUGAAAUGAACAAUAAUGAUAUAUUAGUUGUUGAUUGCUUAGUUCCCUAUGAUCGUAAUAAAAAAAGAAAAUUAGCACAAAGCGAUGAUGAAAAAGAAAAUAAGAAUCAUGAUUAUGUUCCAGCAAAAGAUAGGUUAAAAGCUAAAUGGAAGCUUAUGAGUUUUUAUAUUAAGUGUAUUUAUCAAAUAUCAGCUGUCGUUUUAAGUAUACACGAAUCUUUUAAUAAUAAAAAUGAAGAAGAAAUUGAAAAUAUUAGAGUUAAAUAUAACACUAUGGUAUCUUGCUUAAAGGGUGAAAAAAAUAUACCAAUAAUAAAUCCUUAUCAGAUGGGUAUAAAAGAUGAAAAUUUUUUAACUAUUGUAAAAAAUAUUCAUUUUCAUGAAAAUUUGCUAAAAAAUAAUAAAUUGUUAAAAAAUAAAAACCUAAAUAAGUAUUAUCAAAUGUAUAAUAAAUAUGUUGCCUUACAGUUUGAAAAAAAUGUUCUAGAAGCAAAUAUUGAAAAAUGCAGAUUUAUUGUUCUUAAAAAAGAAUUAAAAAAUAUGCUAGUUUUAUUGGAAAGCUUAAAUUAUAUUGAAAUUACUUAUAAUUUAGAAAAUUUUAAAAGUGAAAAAGAGAUAAAAAAUAUUGAAAAUUCUGAAGAAACUUUAAAGAAUGAACAAGUUGAUGUAAAAAAUGAGUUAACUAGUAAUAAUUCUAUUGAAGAAAAAAAUUAUAUUGUUACAAUGAAAGGGCAAAUAGCAAGUGCUAUUUUAAGCGUUGAUGAAUUAGUUAUAUCAGAAUUAUUUUUUUCAAAUUUUUUCAGUAAAUAUAAUUAUGAUUAUAUAUGUGCUUUUUUGUCUUGUUUUGUUUAUGAUGAAUCAACAAAUAAAGAAAUUUCUAUUAAUGAUUCUAUACUAGUAGAAGGAUAUCAACAAAUAAUUAAAACUGCAACUAAUGUGGCAAAUAAAAUGAAUCAAUGUGGAAUGAAUAUAAACCUAAAAGAUUAUUUAGAUAAAUUCAAGUCAGCCAUUAUGCCUAUCGUUUUAUUAUGGGCUAGAGGCCAUUCUUUUAUGGAAAUAUUAACAGACUCUCAAAUAUAUGAAGGAUCAAUAAUAAGAACUUUAAGACGUUUAGAUGAAUUACUAAGGCAAAUGAUAUGUGCUUUUAGAGGAAUAAAUAAUGACAGUAUGUGCGAAAUUUUAACAGCAGCAACUAAAAAAUUAAGACGUGGUAUUCCAUUUUCUCCUUCUUUAUAUUUAUAA